AUGACUGAAUUUUACAGAGUAAAAUCGUUUAUUUAUGUGUGGGAGCUUACAACACAUAGAAUACCGUUCGGCGCUUGCAUAAUCGGCUUUGAAGGCGUUCACCCGCACGUACGCGACGCAUCUGCCGCCACAACGUUCUGCGGACAGCGCUUAGCACCAUCAGGGUGUGAAUUAAAAGACCUCGAGUACGCCGACGAUGUUGUUAUAUUCGCGGAAAGCAGUACGAAACUUCAACAUGUUGUCAACCUUGUAUCGAAGCCGGCUGCAGCCUAUGGACUACGUCUACACCCUGAUAAAUGCAAGCAGAUAUGGAUCUCUUCGAGACCUCAAACGGGAAUCAAGGUGGACGGACAACCGAUCGAACUCGUCGCUAAGUUCUGUUACCUGGGUUGUACGCUGAAGAACAAUGGCAGCUACGAGAUAGAUAUUCAACAAGGAUGUGCUAAGGCCAUUUCUGUGUUUAACUCCUCAACGAAAUGCCUGUGGUCGACCCCCAUCACCAAAGAAAUCAAGCUGCGAGUCUACCUUUCCGCAAUUUGCUCCAUCAUGGUGCACGGAUCGGAGACUUUGGCAGCACCAUCUACGGUGAUGGGGAGGCUUGAUUGCACGGAAAGGAAGCUGCUUAGACGGCUUCUUGGCUACUUUUGGCCCAGGGUAUGCCACAAUGGAGAGCUUUACGCGGAAGUCGAUGUGGUGUACCGGAGGAUCACACGUGGAAGAUAUCAACAUCUUGCACCGCCAUCGAAAAUGGCUACAGAAAAUCACCUUGGCUCCCUCGGAAAUAUAAUUAGGAGACCAGCAAAUAGCUUUGUUCAACGAGUUCUGACGAUUUUGUCAGGUUCUAGCUGGUCACCUGGCCGAAAACGGAAGCUCUGGACGGAGGUGAUGAAAGAGGACCUGAGGACACUCGGCGUGGAGAGGCAGUUCAGGCAAGACAAGAUUGAGAAGUUUGGGCAGACCUAUGCUCAAGGACAACUCGGCGAAGAUGCGGCCCUUCGCGUCAGGCGAUGA